UUUAUCGAUAAAACCGACAAGACUAAGAAGAAGAAGAAGAAGAACAGAGAGAUCCAUGGGUGGAGUUGCAUGGACAGAAGAAGAGGAUCAGCUGCUCAUGAAGUGUAUUGAGCAGUAUGGAGAAGGGAAAUGGCAUCGUGUCCCUUUAUUGGCUGGAUUAAAGAGGUGCAGAAAAAGUUGCCGACUAAGAUGGUUAAAUUAUUUGAGACCUAACAUAAGGAGAGGAAACUUUAUGUCAGAUGAAAUCGAUAUUAUCAUCAAGCUCCACCAAUGCUUUGGUAACAAGUGGUCAUUAAUCGCAAGUAAAUUGUCGGGCCGAACUGCUAAUGAUGUCAAGAAUUAUUGGCAUUGUCACCUAAGUAAAGUUUUCAAUAAAUGUGACAAUGGUGAUAAAAAAUGUGACACUAACAACCCUAGAUCUAAACAUUUGACAAAGGUGCACAAAGAAUCGUCAUCAAGCAAACAAACUAAUGAAGUUUUUGCUUCCGAUAUCGACAAUACUAUUGAAACAUCCAAUGAGGAAGUUGAUCAACAAUAUCAUAUUAAAAGCUACAAAGAUAGAGGAGAAGAUCACGAUCGCGAAGCUUGCAUCAAUAGUGACUAUAAUCGUAAUAUGACAAAUACUUUAGGUGCAAUGGAUUAUGAUCUUGGAGUAUUUGGCAAUGAUACAAGUAAUGCGAUUACCUCGGUUAGGAAUGAGAGCUUUUGCGGGUUGAGAAAAUGGGACUUGGAUGAAUUGCCUAUAGACUUGGGCUUUUGGUUAGAUUCUAUUUGA